AUGCAGCUCUCUGUGCUCUUUAGUGCGUUUGUAUCUUUCGCCAUCCUUGCUGCAGCGUCACCCACCCCAGGAGCCAUCUCGAAACGUUCCUCUAAGCGAGAGAACCUUGACAUCAACUUUCAACGUGAUCUCCUGGAAGAGAGUGUGAAGCGCGAGGAGCUCGAGUCAAACCUCGUGGGAUAUGUUGGUUACGGAGGAAGCGGUAUUGGAGCGAAUGAGAAGCGCGAGGAUGAUGAAGAUUAUGCACCUGCUGCCUAGAUGUGAUGGUUACUCUAUUCGAGGAGCGAGGAACCGAUCACAUGCCAGUGGUCUAAGGCCGAAAGCAUAACCGUCAUUGAAGUCUUGGAAGUUUCAGUAUUUUCCGUUUAGAUUAUCACAGGCGUUCUACUUACUGAGUAUCUAAUCCUUACUCAUUGUAACUUGGAAUUCCCAAAAUAUAACUAGGCUGGUAUAUCACUUG